CGCGUCUGCACAGCCUAGGAUGUGUUUUCGAGCUUUGUGCCCAGAUUCCCCGAAAUGCUGCCAGAAACCUAUGCCCUGAGUAGCCUGACUCUGCGCAGCACGCGGCUGGAGGCCAGCACUGCGGCCAUUGAGCGGUUCCGUGCAACCCUGGUCUAUCUGAAUCUAUCGCUGGUGCCAGUGGCUACGGUGUGGCAGGGAUUUUUGCUACCGACUGAUUGCGAGCCGGUGGAGUUCCCGAGGCUGGAAGUCCUGGCUUUAAAGUUUGAUCUGACUGCGGAGCUGGGAGGGGGCCUUCGGGUGUCGUCGUAUCCGCGCAACAUCCAGCGGCUACUGCGGUAUUUCCCCUGCCACCGCCUGGCGCACCUACAGUUGAUGGACUGCGACACCGGUCUGAUGUACGUAAACCCGCAGAUGCUUGCAUGCAUCGCGCCGCCCUGCCAGCUCCAUAGCCUGCAUAUCGACUGCACAGCCACGCUGCCAUUGCUUUACCUGGAUGUCGGCAGCAUGCUGCGCAAGCUGACCCUGUUUGUGAGUCUGCAGCUGUCUGCAAUCGAACGCUUGCAUCCGUACUGCGACCACCAGAUGGGCUAUGGAGGCAAGGUUUCUGGCAAUGUGGUGAGCCACAGUCUGCAGGCGUUUGCUGUGUAUGACCCGGCGACUGCGGUGCGGCUGUGCGACCGCAAGAUUUGCGAAUUAGUGGAUUUGCUGGCGCGCGUGCCGUCCUUGCUGGCCUUGGAUAUGGGGUAUGCCGAUACCGUGCGUGUCUUGGAGCGUGUCCGGGCGAUGCGCUGGCAUGCGGGCCAUAUGGGCUGCCACUUGAAAGACAUUGGAUGUUCAGUAUU